CUGGGCGGAAAGAAUCCGAGCCAGGCUGGCGGGGGACGAGCCCCUGAUGGUUUAUCUGUAGCGCCGGGCUCUGGAGGCUGCGGCGGGAAGCCGAGCAGUGCCGGGGCCACCCGUCCCAGCUUAGGAUCAGCGAUGAAGAGCCUUUUUGGCUUGCGGAACACCAGCCCGCGGCUGGACGGAGGGGGCUUUGGCCGCGGGGCGAGGACCAGCGGCAUCCCGGGGCCGGGGUACCACGUCCGAGACAAAGAUCUGGGGAAGAUCCACAAAGCGGCCAGCGCGGGCGAUGUGGCGAAAGUGCAGCAGGUCCUGUUGCUCGGGAAAAGUGGCUUGAAUGAUAGAGACAAGAUGAACAGGACUGCCCUACAUUUAGCCUGUGCCAGUGGCCAUCGAGAAGUGGUCACUCUCCUCGUGGAGAGAAAAUGCCAGCUUAACCUCUGUGACAGCGAAAACAGGACAGCGUUGAUUAAGGCAGUCCAAUGCCAGAGAGAGGACUGUGCCACAAUCCUGCUGGAACACGGUGCCGACCCAAAUCUGCAGGACAUCAUCGGUAACACUGCUCUCCACUACGCCGCUUCGGGCCAGAACCGAUCAAUAGCCGCAAAGCUGCUGUCACAUGACGCAGAUAUUGAAGCCAAAAACAAGGAUGGCGUGACACCCGUUUUACUUGCUGUAAAUGAAAAUAAACAGCAAAUGGCAGAUUUUUUAAUAAAGGAAGCAAAUUUACAUGCAUUAGGUAAAAUGCAAAGUAAUAGCAAUCACCAAGUAAUUUCUGAAUAUACACAGGAAAACAGACCUAAAAAUCCUCUUCAAAAGAACAGUCCAGAGGUGGAUGAGAAUUCUGAAGAAGGAUCUCUAAGCAGAUUUUCCGCCAAACCUGGCAUUGAUGAUUCAUGGCCUACAUCUGAUGAUGACUUUGAUUUUGAAGCUAAGACUGUCCCAAAACCAAACUUAACAAAGCUAAUGGCUGCUUCUGAGAAAUCGAAGAGAGACAAAGCAAAAUGUGGCAUUAUGAGACCAGAAAGCAGAGUAUUAUUUGAAGAUAAUCAUUCUGAUACUGAAAACGAAGAUGUGCUUGAACCUCUUCCCAAACCUUCAAUCCAAGUGCAAGACUUUUCUCAUCCUGCCUUGACACCACCUGAAACUGUUCUGAAUCCUCUUAAUUCUUUAGGGAUCCUUCAUCUUACCACUGAAAGAGCAGUAAGGCCAGAAAUUGAAAAGGAAGAAAAUGGUAUUGAUAGUAUUGAAAGUGCGCCACAAGAGCGAACAAAUAAAGACAGUUUGCCUUACAUUGGUGAAACCCACAAAAAUAGUAGAAAUGAUAUGCUGUCAGCAUUGGGAUUAGGAGAUGAGGAAGAUGUAGAAUCACCUUGGGAUUCUGAGAGUAUCUCUGAGAGUCUCCCACGGAAGUUUGCAGAUCACUUAUCUGGGAAUGAAGAUCAAAGAGAAAAAAAUGGACAAGUAGAAGAUAUGUUUUAUAUUCCUUCUUGCAUGAGUGGAUCAAGCAACUUUAAGAUGUCUAAAGUAGAGGAUACAAGAAAUGUAGGCAUUCCAGUAGCCCCCCUGGAUUCAUUUGAAAAAUACCGCCAUUUGAAGCCUCCUAUUGAACUGAAAGAUUCUAUUCCUAAUAAAGCAGUAGAAAUAAAGGAUGCUGAAACAUCUCCACCAGAUUUGUCACCUGAACUAAACUUAGACACGACAUCGGAAGAGACUCAAGAAAGACUCAGUGGAAGUGAAAAUAACCACCCACAGGUUGAAGAAGAAAAGAAGAAACACAAAAACAGUGAAAUAAAAGCAUCAGAAAACAUGCAUGAAGCUGCUAGUGCUGGACUCAUUCAGCAAAGAAAGAACAGGAAAACUGAUAACCAGCAAUUUUCUAUUUCGGAGAAUGAAGAUUCUGAUAGUAUUGUUUUGAGCUUGCCUAUGAAGGAAGUAAAAGAAAAAGAAAAUGAAAAAAAUUGGACUCCCAAAGCAUCUGUGAUUUCAUCAGUAUUUGAGAGACCCAAGUCCCGAGUCAGUGCUGAGUCACUGUGUGAAGUAAAUGAUGACAGCAGUUUAAGUAAAGCAGAUCAAAAGGAUGAGAGGUCUGUUAAAAAAGCAUCUGAUGAAAAGAAUAAGGUCAGACUUCAAGUUAAUUCUGUGGAUAUCCUUGAUGACAUAACUCAGUCAUCUGAAACAACUUCAGAGGAUUGUGAAAUGCCUUACUCUAAUUAUAACAAUUCUAUGUUGCUAAUUGAACAACUUGGCAAGGAUUGUAAAGAUUCUGUUAGCUUGUUGAAAAUCCAGGAUGCAAUUCUUUCAUAUGAAAGAUUAAUAGAACUUAAAAAGAAUUACUGUGAACUACUUACAGGAAAAAAUAAAAAAAUGAGAAAUAAGAUUAGUAGUCUACAAAAGAAGCUAUCAGAAGCAAAAGAAACCAAGUCACAGCUAGAACAUCAAAAAGUGGAAUGGGAGCAAGAACUAUGCACCCUGAGAUUUACCUUGAAACAAGAAGAAGAGAAAAGACGAAGUGCUGAUAUGUUAUAUGAAAAAAUUAGAGAGCAGUUAAGAAAAACAGAAGAGCAAUAUUAUCAAGAAGUUGAAGUGAAACAGCAGCUUGAACUCAACCUACGGACUCUAGACAUGGAAUUAAGGACUGUGAGAAAUCAUUUGAGUCAGGUUGUAGAAGAACGAGAUGAAACCCAGAGGCAACUUUCUCGAGAACAGAAUGCCAGAAUAUUACAAGAAGGAAUUCUGACUAAUCACCUUUCCAAACAAAAGGAGCUAGAAAUGACACAUAAGAAACUGAAUUCAGAGGAUGAAAUUGUUAUGCUAAAAUUGGAAAUUGACACAGUAAAAAAUCAGAACCAGGAAAAGGAAAAGAAAUAUUUAGAAGACAUUGAGGUGAUAAAAGAAAAGAAUGAGGAUCUUCAGAGGACAAUAAAGCGGACUGAGGAAUCAUUAACAGAAACAGUAUUCCAGUAUAGUGGACAGAUUAACGUUCUGACAACUGAGAAUGCAAUGCUGAAGUCACAGCUGGAGGCUGCAAAACAAAACAAAGACAGGCUGGAAACACAGUUGGAAACGUACCUCUCGAGACUGGCAACUGCCACUCAAGAUCACCAACAAAGUCAGGCAUCAAAAAGAGAACUAGAAGUCUCCUUCCAGAGAGCAAAAGAUGAAUGGGCUCGUCUACAAGAUAAAAUGGAUUUUGACAUGGCUAAUGUAAAAGAGAGCAAUGAGGUGCUUUCUCAACAGCUUGCCAGAACUGAAAGUAAAUUAAAUAACCUGGAAAUUGAGCUCCAUCAUGCAAGAGAUUCUCUUAGAGAAAAGACAUUAGCUUUGGAAUGUAUUCAAAAAGACCUAAGCCAAACGCAGGGUCAGAAGAAGGAAAUUGAACACCUGUAUCGGAAUGAACAAGGUAAGGUGAAUAAAUACAUUGGUAAGCAGGAAUCCUUAGAAGAGAGACUGUCUCAGCUGCAAAGUGAAAAUAUGUUACUUCGCCAGCAAUUGGAUGAUGCCCAAAACAAAGCUGAUAGUAAAGAAAAGACAGUGAUGAGUAUCCACGGCCAGUUUCAGGACGCUGUCAAAAGGUUGCAGGUUGAGAGUGAAAAACAAGGUCUUAUGCUGGAAGAGAGAACUAAGGAGUUAAUCAAUGAUUGUAAUCAUCUAAAAGAAACUAUAUGCCAGUAUGAAAGCGAGAAAGCAGAAAGAGAAGUUGUUGUGAGACAACUUCAACAGGAACUGGCCGAUACCCUAAAAAAGCAGUCCAUGUCAGAGGCUUCUCUGGAGGUCAUAUCACGUUACCGGUCUAACUUAGAGGAUGAGAAGAAGGAUUUAAAGAAGAAAUUGCAAGAAGUCCAGGAUCAACAUACUGAGGCCAUAAGAUGUGUUGAGAAGAUGAAAGACCACAUGCAAAAGCUUGAAAUUGAAAAUGGCAAGUUAAACAUUACCGUCCAAAAACAAGCAUCCAAAAUUGAACAGCUUCAAAAAAAUCCAUUAAGUACAAGUUUGGUUGAUGAUCUGACCACAAAACUGGAAACCACAUCUUCAAAAUGUCAACAUUUGGAUGCACAGAAUCAAGUGCUUCAGCAGGAAUUAUUGUCUAUGAAAGCAAUACAAAAGAAAUGUGAAAAGCUCAAGAAGAAUAAAAAGCAGUUGGAACAAGAAGUAGUAAACCUCAAAAGUCAUGUAGAAAUAAAUAUGGUAGAGCGCGGUCAAGUAGAACAGUAUAAACAAGAGAUUGAAGAAAGAGCAAGACAGGAAAUAGUAGAAAAAUUAAAAGAAGUCAAUCUGUUUUUACAGGCACAAGCAGCAUCACAAGAAAACUUAGAGCAGUUAAGGGAGAAUAAUAAUGCUUCGCUGAGGAGUCAGAUGGAAGUCCGAAUUAAAGAGUUGGAAUAUGAACUCUCCAGAAUGAAGUCUUCACAGGAAGACUUGAAUAAAACAGAAUUGGAAAAAUACAAGCAACAAAUUAAAAAUUUGGAAUCCGAACUCACCAGAAUGAAAACUUACCAGGAAGAGUCUAGUAAAAUAGAAUUGGAAAAAUAUAAGCAGCUCUUCCUAAAAGAAUUUAAAGUUAGAAAAUCAUUGGCAAAUGAGCUAAAAAGUCUUCAUAGGGAUAAUGAACGACUUGCAGAGAUCAUCAGCACCAAGAUCCUCAUGGAGAAACAGCAGGGCAGAUCUUUACUGAGUACUCUCACUGCCAGGCCAGUUCUGGAGCUGCCAUAUACUGGAAAUCUGAAUAGCAGUGCAGUGCUGCAGAGAAAUCUGACUCCAAGAGAAAACUUAGUGAUUCCUACCUCAAAUCCAUGGCCUCCAAACAACAGCAUGGAGGCUUACUUGAUCAAGAUGCAACAGGAAUUGGAAAAAAAUAUUACUAGAGAACUGGAAGAAGCUGCUGCUGAAUUUGAAUCUGGAUCCUAUAGAUCUUCUCCUCCAGGAUCUACCAAUGGGUCAAAUCUAACUCAGGAUUUACUUAUGAAAACUUCGCAGGAAUAUGUAGAGAUUUUAAAAAAGAAUUAUCUGAUAUGAACUACAAAUUAUAAAAAUAUAUUUCCUGAGCAGCUUACAUGACAUUAAAUUAUUUCCCAUAUAACAUA